UUGUUGAGCCGUUGGGUUCUAUUUGUUCCGAGGCUAUAUUUAGGUUUCAUUUGACAACGCAUCCUCGACCGAAGCAAACGUGAAUUAGUUUCCUUUCCGUUUCCUCCAGAAAACCCACUCAGGGCUUUAGCGACACAGUAGAAAUCUGAUGGUGAAGAUCGUUUGAACAUUGUGCCAAAAACCAUUGCUAAUAAUGUUGUGCUGUAAUUGUUCUUACAGUAAUGAUGGUGUAAUAGGAAGAAUAGUUUUCCAUUCUGUGUGAAUCGAGUUGGAGAAGAGCUGUUGUUUUUGUUUGUUCUGUUUAAUUGUUUCGGAUAUUUUUUUGGUUUGUUUGGUUCGACAAUUAUUAAGUCUGUGAACUCUGGUAAACCGGAAAACCCAAUCCAAAACUGAAGUAACAAUUUGAGUGAUGAGAACGUCUGGCUAGAAACAAAGUGUUUGUGCAUACGGUUACAUUUUGUGUCAACAAUCAGCGAGGACUAAAAACUGAACAAAUUAAUGCAAGUGUAUUGUGCAGCGGGUCUGUUAAGUGAUGGCCAGUAAUGGGGGAACUCUACAUGGGGUUCCCCAAUCGCAGCAGAGCCUAGGUGGUCAUCACAACUGCUCUCACUGCGGUUUGUUUUUCGAGAGUUCAUCGUCGCUACAGGUGCAUAUGCAUUAUCACCAUGAGACAAUGAAUCGUUGGGGUCCAUCAUCAACGGGAAGUGUACCCAGUUCGACGACUUCAUCUACGCCGACUUCUGACUCAGAAAAUAACAAUCAACCGCCACUGAAGGCACAGAUAAAAUCGAGUUCACCACACCAAACUAUUGCCGCCGCCGCGGAUUCAAGUGAUAACCAACCAUCUACUCCGCAGCCGCCUGCACUACCUGAGCCAGGUACGCCACAGAGUUAUACAGGUGGUGCCUCACCAUAUCAACAGACCGCAACUAUUAUCGCUCCACCAGAGAUGCACUACCCUACCUAUGUUCACGGAUACGAUCCAUACUACCACCCGGCAAGUAUCGAGUAUGGCAAUCCGCUUCCACCUCCCCAUCUCACCCAAUCACACCCAGAGUACAAAGCAGUGCCUUCAGCGAGAUAUCACCCCUAUAACAAUAACAAUCACAGCAAUGGAAAUCACAACAGCAGUGUUUCGAUUGUGAAUUCCAACAGAAGUGCAUCGAAUAGUGCAGUUCCGCUCAAUAAUGCAGGUUUGAGUCCGCAAGUGGUUAGUUCUUCUAGCAAUUCUCAUAACCCCUCCACACAAACAGCCACCACCGUAGCGACAUCGACGACGACGUCGUCGCCACAGCACACAAGUGCUCAUAUCCCACCAACACCAUCGCCGUCUCCAAUUCAAUGCGAAAAGUGUGGAUUAGUUUGCGAUUCAGACGAAGUGCUGAGCGAGCAUGAUGCGUCGGUACAUCAAAACCAAUCCCAGCAGCAGAGUGUCUCCUCGCAUUCAUCUGAAGGUAAUAAUAUGAAUAGCAGUGACACAGACAUGCAGGGUGGUUAUCCGUAUGGCAAUAAUCCUCCGCCGUUCAUCAAGGAAGAGCCUCCAGCAUCCGAUAUUUUAGACCUCGACUCGCAGAAAAUGGUUUACCCGCCGGAACCAGUACUUCCACCGAUGAAUUCGCUGCAUUCACUACAAUCGAUGCAACGUCACCCAAUGAUGUGGCCCCAUGACCCUCAUAAUUUCAUUCCACCCCAUCCGCCGCACGAAUUAAAGGUCCCAUAUUAUCACCCUCAAAUUAAAUCGGAAUAUUCAACCACACCCUCGAUGAAGGGCGACUAUCCGCAGCACGCUGCAAUGCACGUUAAACCUGAGUAUUCGUCAAUUGUGGCUCCGGCUCCAAUAAAAAAUGAGUAUAAUAUACCACCGACGGGACCGCCGGCGGUAUCACAGCCGAAUCAAUCGGCGAAACCUUUUGCAGAAGAAAUUAAUGAAAACAAUCCAAUGACAACGAGUCCUUCUGAUUUUCCUAGCACGACAACUCAGGAAAAUAGUUCCCAAUACCGCAAUUUCGAACCGCCGACUUCCUCGUUGCCAAACAGUGCGUUACCAUCGAAGGGGACCGCGUGGAAAUCGAACGAAGCUAGACGUCCGAAAACCUAUAACUGCACGGCAUGCAACAAAUGGUUUACGAGCUCGGGACAUCUGAAAAGACACUACAACACGACACUGCACAAGAAUGCCGUCAAGUCAAGUGGUCAGCCAGAUCCGGCGACCCUACCCAUCAGUGUUCACCAUCAUCCUGGACGUGACCCUAAUUAUGCGAACAAGGGAAGGAGAGGAACGGCUGCACAAAUCCAACAACCGAUACAACAACCGGUUCCUCCGCCAGACCCUCCCAGGAGCCCUGAUUACGGUUCCCAGUAUAAUCAAUCGGGGUUUACAACACCUGUCGCUCAUCAGUUAACCUCGAACCAGGGGUUCCACCAGUACAAUACCAAUCUUCAAAAUACUUCUUCAACGGUUCCCCCAAACGGGGUAGCAGGUCCCUCCGUCCAAGCCUCCCUACCGAGGGGCCUGCAGAUCUUCUCGAACAGCAGCAUGGAAACGCUGCAGCAGCAGGAGCAAACGGAACAAAUGUCUACUAUCACCACCACCACCAGCAUCCCAUCGCCGCUGCACAGUCAGCUGCACAUCAAUACAACGGAGCAAUACCACACCACCAACCAUUCAACUAUCAACACCAUUCCAUCAUUCCAAACCAUCCUGCCGGAGGCACCGAGCUAUCACCAUAUUAUUGGUAAUCAAAGCAUAUCAGCUGGCGACGAAGCAGUCUCAGGUAAUCAAUACUAUUCCGUGAAUGGCUACGAAGUAAUGGUAGUUGAAGCGACGGCCAUGGUAUCUUCCGUAACUCCGGGAGUCCCUCGGUACUCGGGGGGCGCCGAAAUGUAUCAAGCCGAUACGGCGCCCCCCUUUUCACCUAAUGUACCGGAGCAAUAUCAGCAAACUGACUCGCUCUAUAACGAACUACCGGCGCCGACCCCUCAACAGGCCACAACGGUACCUCUACUAUCACCAGCACAGUGUUCGCCAAGGGUUACUUCAACAGGUACAAUUCCGCCGGCGGAAACUCGCUCAAAUGAAAUCCAUCGCUGCGAAGAGUGCGACAAGGUAUUCAACAAGGCCUGCUACCUCACUCAGCACAAUAAAACAUUCCAUUCCGGGGAUAAGCCGUUCAAGUGCCAACGCUGUGGCAAACGUUUUCCCUGUGAUCAAUCACACGAGGAACAUCUUGCGAAACAUGGUGGAGAAAAACCAUUCAAAUGUGAGCUCUGUCCAAAGCAAUUUAACCACAAGACCGACCUUCGCCGCCACAUGUGUCUACACAGCGGCACUAAGCCAUAUGCGUGUGCUCAAUGUGGAAAGGGAUUCAUUCGUAAGGAUCAUAUGCUGAAACACAGCUACAUUCACAGGAAGAAAAAUGGCAACAGUUCGAAGAAGGCAGCUGCGGGUAAACAGCACGAAACUCAGGAUACUCUCAACAAAUAUGCUGUUGUGCAAGAUGAAUGACAUUGGUCCAACAUCCGUUGUCUAACUCCGGAACCAUGAACGCAUCAACGUGACAACGGACAAUAGGCGAAGGAUUCGGCGCUCCUAAUGGUAAAGUUUAUAAUUCUUGGUAUAUUAAGUUUUGUUCCGAAUCACAUACGCAAAGUUUUUGUUCAUUCAUUUUUUUGUGCAUCAUGAGAAACGAAGUUACCUAUAUGACACACUUAUUUUA